CCCGCUGGGCCGCGUCUGGUUCUGCGCAGGGCCCACGUGCGGCCGAGGCCCUUGGGGCUGAGAACCUCUAGUUUCCUGCUGCGAACCCUAUAUUUCUGACCUGAAUCUCCUUCUCUGCAGCCUGAGCCCCCGUCCCUGCUGAGAGCCUCGUAUUUCCGGCCUGAUCCCUAUCUUCUGCAGCCCGAACCCCGUUUUUCCUUAUACCUUAUACCUCUCUACUGCAACCCGAGCCUGAGUUUCCUACCUUAUCCCCCCUCUUUGCAGCCUGAACCCGUGUCCCUGCUGAAACAUCGAGUUUCCUGCUGGAAGCCCCGUAUUAACCCGAUACCCCGACCUCUGCAAUAUCAACCCAACAUUUUCCCACUCUGCAGCCUGAAUCUGUGUCCUUGCUGAAAAUUCUGAAUUUCCUGCCUUAUUUCUUACCUUUGGAUCCCCUCUCUGCAAUCUAAGCCCCCAAUUUGCUGCUCAAACCUUAUCCCUGUUGUGGACCCCGAGUUUCAUGUCAGAAAUGCAGUCUCUAUGGCUCACACUCCCUGCAGCCUGACCUCCCAUUCAUUGCUGUAAACCCCGUAUUUCCUUCUGAAUUCAAGUUUCUGCAGCCUGAAUCUCAGUUCCUGUGUAAACCCCAUCUUUGCUUCCUGAACUUCCCCACAUCUGUGGGCAUGAUUCCUGCUUUAAUCCCCACCUCUUCUACCUGACUCCUUCCUGAACCUCCUCCCUUGCAGUGUACCCCAUAUUUGCUGCCUAAACCCCAGUCCCUGCUACCUGAACUCCCAUAACUGCUGCAGAGUCCGCCUUGCCUCCUGAAACCCCACCCUGCUUUAGUGAGGUCCCACCCUUGCUGGGAACCCUGUUCCCCCAACUCUGGAAAUCCUCUCCUUCUGUGAACCCUUCUACCACAUCAACUGCUGGUCUCUUUCCUUCUUGUCCCUGCUGUCCUUCCUGCUGCUUUGGUCCCCUUCCCCCAUCUUUCCAUUUCUGUCCACAGCCCUGGCUGCUUCUGCCAGAGGUGUCAUGUCCAUGUGAGUCUUGCAUCUGCCCCUGUCCUUCCAGGGAAUGGGGUAGCCUCGUAUGUGGAGUGUCUUGUGUGCUGCAGCCACCCUUUAGGCCUGAGGCAGGGAAGGUUGUGAGCUUUGCUUGUUCCAAACCCACGCUGCUGCUGUGUGUGCCCUGUCAGAAUAGUCUGCGUGCAACCUUGAGGAGGGAGUCUGUUGAGUUUUAUUUACAGAAAACAAGGCAUUUCCUCAAAUUCCAGGGCCCUGCACUUGACUAUCACUUGGCUUUUUGCCCAGCGUCUCAAGGCCAGGCUCUGAAUUGACCUGUGUCCUAGAAGCUGUAUGUGAGGCUAGCCUCUGCCCUCACUCAAUGCAAGCAGCACCUUUCUGAAGCACAUUUUGUUGCAGGGACCUUUGGCAUCAGUCAAGGCCUGUAGCACCGAGAGCCCAGACACUCUGAGUCAUGACGGAUGCCAAGUAUGUCCUUUGCCGAUGGGAGAAGCGAUUGUGGCCUGCGAAGGUUUUGGCCAGAACUGAAACUUCAGCAAAAAACAAGAGAAAAAAGGAAUUCUUUCUAGAUGUCCAAAUCCUGUCGCUAAAGGAAAAGAUCCAGGUGAAGAGCUCAGCAGUGGAGGCGCUGCAGAAGUCGCACAUUGAGAGCAUUGCCGCCCUCCUGGCCUCUCAGAGUGAAGUUCUGGCUACUCCACUGGAGGAGCUGACUUACCGACGCUCCCUGCGCGUGGCCCUGGAUGUCUUGAAUGAGAGGACCAGUUUGAAUCCUGAAAGUCAUCCAAUAGAAGAUGGAACCACACUGUCUCAGAAGGAGAAGCCAGAUGCAGAUGUGGCCUUGCAGGUCUCCAGUGCUCCUUGUCCAUCAUUCUUCAGUGAAGAUGGCCAAGCUGCGGCAGCCCAGUGCGCAUCUAGGAAGAGGUCAGAGUGCAGUCCAAAAAGCCUGUCGCUGUUGUCUGUGUCUGAAGAAGAUCUCAGGUGCAAAGUGGGCCCCAAGACAGACCUCUCAGAGAAUGGAGCCCGAGGAGCUGAAGUGGCUGCCCCCACUGGAGAAGAUGAUGAUUCUGGGUCUCAGCUAGAUCACAGGCAGGAAAGCACAACCAAAAAGAGACAGAGGAAUUUGGGAGACAGACCUACCCGGCGUCGAAGAACAGAGUCUGGCCUUUCCAAGGGAGAAAGUGUCACAGAGAGUGAGGGACAGGCAAGCAGCUGUAUGGCCCUAGCUUCACCUAGGCUGCCCUCCCAAACCUGGGAUGGCGAGCCCUGUGCCGGGGUCAAAGGCGCUGAGUGGGUCGAGUCAUUGGGCAGCGUCGGGCUGCUCCUGGCCCCUGAGAGAAGCAGACGACUCCCCACAAAGAGGCCACGCUUGAAUGGAGGCCAGAACCCACCCACCAGGCAGCUGGGGACUAGAACUGUGGGGACAGCACCCUCCCCUAGGAGCUGUUCUGGGGCGGCCAUGACACCGUGCCAUCCUGGAGACAGUGGCAAACCAGAGGAAGUGUCCCCUGUCUCAGCAGAUCCUGUGUCCUCAGAAGACUCCUCAGGGUUAAAGUCCAUCCACUCCCUGCUGGAGGAGGAGGAGGAAGAAGAGGAAGAAGAGGAGGAGGAGGAAGAGGAGGAGGAACCACCCCGUAUCCUUCUGUACCGUGAACCACGAUCAUUUGAAGUAGGAAUGCUGGUCUGGCUUAAAUACCAAAAAUACCCAUUCUGGCCAGCCGUGGUCAAGAGCGUCCGGCGGAGAGACAGGAAGGCCAGCGUGCUCUUCAUUGAGGGCAACAUGAACCCCAAGGGCCGAGGAAUUACCGUGUCUCUGCGACGGCUCAAGCACUUUGACUGCAAGGAAAAGCACGCACUGCUGGACAGAGCCAAGGAGGACUUUGCCCAGGCCAUCGGCUGGUGUGUCUCGCUUAUCACCGACUACCGUGUGCGGCUGGGCUGUGGCUCCUUCGCUGGGUCUUUCUUGGAGUAUUACGCUGCUGAUAUCAGCUACCCUGUGCGCAAGUCUAUCCAACAGGACGUCCUGGGGACCAGGUUUCCUCAACUGGGCAAGGGCGACACUGAGGAGCCUAUAAGGGACAGCCAGCUGGGACAGUGGCGGCCAUGCAGGAAGGUGCUGCCUGACCGCUCGAGGGCUGCACGGGAUAGAGCCAACCAGAAGCUGGUGGAGUACAUUGUGAAGGCCAAGGGUGCAGAGGGCCACCUCCGGGCGAUCUUGCACAGCCGCAAGCCCUCACGCUGGCUGAAGACAUUCCUGACUUCCAAUCAGUACGUGACAUGCAUGGAGACAUACCUGGAGGAUGAGGCGCAGCUGGAUGAGGUGGUGGAGUACCUGCAGGGCGUCUGCCGAGACAUGGAUGGCGAGGUGCCGGCACGUGGCAGUGGAGACCGCAUCCGCUUCAUCCUGGAUGUGCUGCUGCCUGAGGCCAUUAUCUGUGCCAUUUCUGCGGUGGAGGCGGUGGACUACAAGACAGCCGAGCAGAAGUACAUCCGAGGCCCCACACUUAGCUACCGGGAGAAGGAAAUCUUUGACAAUGAACUCCUGGAGGAGAGGAACCGUCGCCGUCGCUGAUGCCGAAGUCUCCACCUGGCCAGCACUGUGUCUAUGGCCUGCUAGAGGCCUCUACAAGAAUGUGCUAGAAGCAAGAGGCCUAGGAGUGUGCCGACUUGGUCUGUGCAUGGGUUCUGCAUCUUCAGCCCUGAGUCUAGGAGAUCAGCUGCCACGACACACUAGAAGCCUGCUGGCAUCUAUGAACAGCUGCUUUCUGGAAGUUUCUGUGUGUGUGUGUGCGCGCGUGUGUGUAUGCGUGUAUGUUUGGUUUUAUUUUUGAAUUAUUUUUGUUUAUAAAUGCAUUUGGAUGCACAUGUGUCAUGGUCAUGGCAGUGUGGCUGCCGUGUGCAUUUAUGUCCGGUGUUGGAAAAUCUGUGUUGGCCCUACAGAUGUUUCUGGAAAGACUGGUCUGAACACACAGCUCCCAAAGCAUUGACAUGUU